CGGAGCAGCCGCUGCUAAGUGUUUGGGCUCGGUCGACACCGCGGUGCUUGCUCCUCGCCCCAGCCGCCGCCGCCGCCGCCGAGGGAGCGGCCGCCUAUUGUCCUUCUCCGCCGCCAAGGCGCGGAGCUGCUCCGGCUCGGCCCGCGGGGGAGCCCGGGGAGCCGCACGUGUCCUGGGUCAUGAAACUUAGUCCACAGCAAGCUCCAUUAUAUGGCGAUUGUGUUGUUACAAUAUUGCUUGCUGAAGAGGACAAAGUUGAAGAUGAUGCUAUUUUUUACUUGAUAUUUUCUGGCUCUACUCUCUAUCACUGCACAAGUACCCGGAAAGUCAGUUCUGAUACGUUGGAGACAAUUGCUCCUGGUCAUGACUGCUGUGAGACAGUGAAGGUGCUGCUCUGCGCUUCCAAAGAGGGCCUGCCUGUGUUUGUAGUAGCUGAAGAAGACUUCCAUUUCGUCCAGGAUGAGGCGUAUGAUGCAGCUCAGUUCCUGGCAACCAGUGCUGGCAAUCAGCAGGCUCUGAACUUCACCCGUUUCCUUGACCGGUCAGGACCCCCUUCUGGAGAUGUCAACUCUCUGGAUGAGAGGGUCGCCCUGGCGUUCAGACACCUGAAACUGCCCGCGGAGUGGAAUGUGUUAGGGGCAGAUCACACCUUGCACGAUGGUGGCCCCCGGGAAACAUUGAUGCAUUUUGCUGUGCGGCUGGGACUGUUGCGGUUGACAUGGUUCCUGUUACAGAAGCCAGGUGGCCGUGGAGCUCUCAGCAUCCACAACAAGGAAGGGGCAACGCCUGUAAGCCUGGCAUUGGAACGAGGUUAUCAUAAGCUCCACCAGCUUCUGACUGAGGAAAAUGCUGGUGAACCAGAUUCCUGGAGCAGUUUAUCCUAUGAAAUCCCUUACGGAGACUGUUCGGUGAGGCACCAUCGAGAAUUGGACGUCUAUACGUUGACUUCUGAAUCUGAAUCACAUCGUGAAUCCCAUGGAGACAGUUGUACUGGACAUAUUUUUAAACUUAUGAAUAUCCAACAGCAGCUAAUGAAAACAAACUUGAAGCAGAUGGACAACCUUAUGCCUUUAAUGGUGACAGCACAAGGUUCUCCCAGUGUGCCCAGUGCCCCAGAGCCAGAUGGCCAGUUCCUUUCCGGUGCCCCAGAGCCUUCUGACCACCAGCAGCUCUCUUCUGAAGAGACCAAGAGCACUCUGUGCUGCCGAGGGAGUCCUGGGAGGAAGGCUGAAAGGUCCUGUGAUUUGUCAAGUGCGGCUGAGGAGAAAAACGUAGCCUGUUCUCCUAAGAAUAAAGAUGUGGUAGGGAGGAAAGGGGAAGAGGAGGAGCCAGCAUCUGCCGUGGGCUCCAGCUCUGCUGCAUCUCAUCAAGACAGCUGCCUUCAGAGCAUACCCGACUGUGGAUUAAAGGCCACAGAAGGCCUUCCAUCCUGUGGAAACAGAAAUGAAGUAACUGGAACAAAAUAUUCUGGAGUGGCCACAGGUCAGCAGCCCCCGAGCAGCCGGGGCAGUGUGCUUCAGGAAGUCAUGGUCACAGAGCCAGGGAGAUGCCAGCAUUCUUCUGGAAGGGAGCUCCUAGACAGAUCUUCAACAGAUGCUGGUGCCCCAGAGAAUGCAGGGGAACUAGAACCUAGCUCACUGAACCCAAGUGCUACCAUCCAGAAGAAUAAGCAUCAAGUAGGGGAAGGCACAGAGGGAGGAUUUGAGAAUUCUGAUGUCAGCACGGCUGAGGCAUCCGGUGUUCAAGCUUUACACGAACCUGUGGAGAAAGCCAAUAUUACAAACCAUGUCUUUGCCACCAGCGCCCUGGGUGCCAACAUGGCUGCUGAGUCUUUGCCUGCCUUGAGUCCUGGAGAAAGCCUCAUUGAGAAAACUGGAACGGAAACUCGGGAGGGAAGUUGUGAGGAGAGAACUGAUGCUCUAAGUGUCCAGAGCUCUCUGGUGUUUCCAGCUGCUGCGAAAGACAAGAUUUCAGGUGGACCAGCACCUGAUGCUCCCCUAGCAGGCCUGUGUGAGACACCAUCACCCUUGGCUUUAACCUUUUCUGGGUCAAAACCAGAUGGGAUGCCAAACCAGAAAUCAGAAUCUAAUUCAUGGCAUGCUCCAAGCCAAAACAGCCAGGCGCUGCCCUGUUCUCCAACUGUGGCUGGUACAUCUUGUACUGCGUCUUCAUGUCAGCAGAACACAGUGACUUCUAGUGGCGAGUUGGUUGUAAAACACUGCCAUGGUGAAGUUAGUCUGCGCGAUAGCACAGUAGUGCAGCCAAACACGCAGGAUCCAUGCACCGCCCUCGGCCCAGAAGACCCACAAGCAGACACAGUCACUUCUGACACUGUAGAAACUACCCAGGAAUCUGUGGGGGUUUGUCCUCCCUGUGUUCUACAUGCAGAGAGCCAGGGAGAAGAUUUAAAACAAGAUCCACCUUUAACAAAUAUGCUGGAGGAUAUUUCACAUUUGCCUUCAGUUGUCCCCCAAACCGAGAAAGAACAAGUGCCAGACUGGGUAUCACCACCAGGCAGCAGUUUCUCUCUGGCAAGCAGUCCAGAGAGUGAAUCAGUAACCAAAGAUGACGCACUUUCUCCUGUCCCCUCCCAGAAAGAAAAGGGAACAGCAACUCCUCAGCUCCAUAGAGCUAUAGCUUGUAGAGAUGGCCCAGAUGGAGAUUCAAAUGAUCCUGGUAAGCUAGGAGACAGGGCCACUGGCCCGUCUACACCCUCUGCUGUAGAGCUUCAGCCCAGCAUGGGGAAUACCAGCCCCGUAAGCUUUGGUGGAGAUCACGAGGGCCCCGGGCCAACAGCGACACCCGAAGUUCUGAGCGACUCUUCACUACAAGGUGUGGAUAAAGCUCUUUUGGUCUCUGACUCUCUUCUGCCUGAAGAAGGUGGCAGUCUGGUGCUUUCAGAGAGCUCAGCAGCUCUGGGGCAAGAUGACAAGGAUAAAGCAGUGAGGUGUUCCUCCGUUGAAGAAGACAUGCAUUCUUCAGAAAUGUCAAGGGAAAAGGAGCGAACACCACCUCCUGGCCAAGAGAUAGCAAGGUCAUGUGGAAACCCUGUGCCAGCUGUGUGUGCUGGGGAGAAAGCAGUACAGCCCAGUGCCUCACCAGGCACACCCUCUGCCGGUCUGAAAACAGAAACGAACCACAGCAAGGAAGUGGCCCCACAGGUCUCCCCGCCGACUGAAGGUGGGGCUAGAAAGAGCCUGGUGCCACCAACAACAAGUCUGGCUGCAGAUUCAAAGCAGAAAGCCUCAGAUACAGAGCAGAGCAGUUCAUCUCUGUUGCCAGCUCUGCUUCCAGAUGGGUCUGAGGCCCUUCAUUGUAAUCGGCCUUCUGCUCUGGAUGUUGGUGUGGAUACUCAGUUCCAAGAGAAAGCCCAUGCUUGUGAGGUAAGCAGAAAUGUGAUGGAAGAUGUUCCAGUGCCUAAUGCUUUAUCAGCUCCUGCUAAGCCCAGAAGUGAGGAUAUAGCACACCCCGUCAAAGACAGUCCAGUUUCAGAGUUGUUUAACCAAGAGAAGAAAAUGACUCCACGUCUGCCAGAAGCUUUACUGGACAAAGGUGUCACUGGCUCACAGGAAGUCAUAACCCCAGAGAUAGUACCACUUGAUUGCAAGGGAGAAAAACUGGAGGGAACAGACCUCAGCUGUGCCAUGAGUAACUCUAAAGAAGCCCCAAAUGAUGAAGAUACAACGCAGCCUCUUGCCAGGGACCUCCCCACAGAUCCAGGACCCUCAGCUCUCAAUGACAGUGUCCUCCCAGCUGACUUGAAGCAUGUCACACAGACCUCAGUCCAGGGAGAGGAAAGGAAUGCCGCCUCUCUACCUGGAACCCAAGCUGCACCUGUCCCUACGGGGGCCGACCCCAUAGAGGAGACCGCCACUCGGAUAGUGGAGGCUGUCAUCGAGCGAGUCAGGGCCUCCAACACACUGUUGGCUAAAGGAAAACUCAGUAAUCCAUCACUGUCCAUCCCAGAGACUGAGCAGCUGCAGAACGUUUGCGCAGAGAGUACAUGUGCUUUCCUACCUGGGGAGACCCUGCCAGUGGAUAAUACUCAUGCGGAAACCACUGGGAACUGUGUUGUUGAAACAGAGGAACCAGAGAAAAUGGUUCCACCUGUCGACAGGCCUGAGCCAGCACCAGAAAUGCCAGACACUAAAGCUGAAGAUGAAGUGGAUUUUCUGAGUAAAACCAGAGCUCCUUCUGAGGAGGAGGCUGUCGGAAAUGGAACUACCACACCCAAGACGAAGCAAGGCCCUGGGACCCAGGCGAUCAACCGAGAAAGCUGGUGUACCAUAGAGCCAUGCCCUGAAGCAGCAUCUCUUCUGGCUUCCAAACAGAGCUCAGAAUGUGAAAGCUUCUUAGAUGUUGGACUGGGCACCGAGUGUGCCUCAAAAGAAGGCGUGCUUCAGAGAGGCUCAGGGAGUGAUUCUGACCUCUUCCACUCACCCAGUGACGAAAUGGACAGCAUCAUCUUCUCCAAGCCUGAGGAAGAGCAGUUGCUUUGUGAUACCACCGGAUCCAGUUCCUCUACAGAUGACACAGCUUCCCUGGACCGACAUUCUUCUCAUGGCAGUGAUGUGUCCCUUCCUCAGACGUCAAAGUUAAGUAGGUCCAGAAAUCAUCAACGCUCUGAUGGCUUUCUUAGCCAUGGAGUGGGACCUGAGCGUCGAGAGAGUGAGAGUGAGCCCAUUGGCCCUGGUGAAAUGGAAGAGGAGGAAAUGGACAGCAUCACUGAAGUGCCUGCAAAUUGCUCCUUUCUGAGGAACUCCAUGCGUUCUCUUUCCCCUUUCCGGAGACAUAGCUGGGGUCCUGGGAAGAAUGCAGCCAGCGAUGCAGAUAUGAACCAGCGGAGUUCAAUGCAAGUUCUUGGGGAUGUUGUCAGGAGACCUCCCAUUCAUAGGAGAAGUAUGAGCUGGUGUCCCUCUGGUGUGCAGUACUCGGCUGCUCUGAAUGCUGACUUUAAUUUCAGAAGUUUCAGUCUGGAAGGCUUGACAGGAGAAGCUGGUGGUGGAAAUAAGCCAUCCUCAUCUCUAGAAAUGAGCUCUGCAAACUCCAGCCAGCUCAGAAACUCUUUCAGUGGUGAGGAACAGAGGGAUUCUCUGAUGUCACUUUCAGAAGAACAUCUGGAGCCGGACCAGAGACAUCAUCAUAGGAUGUUUGAUCAGCAGACAUCUCACAGGUCUAAACAACAGGGAUUUAAUUACUGUACAUCAGCCAUUUCUUCUCCAUUGACAAAAUCCAUCUCAUUAAUGACAAUUAGUCAUCCUGGAUUGGACAAUGCACGGCCUUUCCACAGUACCAGUGCUAACCUGACCGAGAGUAUAACAGAAGAAAACUAUAAUUUCCUGCCUCCGAGCCCCUCAAAAAAGGAUUUUGAAGGCAAGAGUGGGACGAAAGUUAGUCGCACCUUCAGCUACAUCAGGAAUAAAAUGUCCAGCAGCAAGAAGAGCAAAGAAAAGGAAAGGGAGAAAGAUAAAAUUAAGGAGAAAGAGAAAGAAUCUAAAGAGAAGGAUAAAGAGAAGAAGACUCUUAAUGGGCACACGUUCAGUCCCAUUCCUGUUGUGGGUCCCAUCAGCUGCAGCCAGUGCAUGAAGCCUUUCACCAACAAAGACGCCUACACUUGUGCAAGUUGUAGUGCCUUUGUCCACAAAGGCUGCAGAGAAAAUCUAACCUCCUGUGCAAAGGUCAAAAUGAAGCAGCCGAAAGGGAGCCUCCAGGCACAUGACACAUCGUCGCUGCCCACGGUCAUCAUGAGAAGCAAGUCUUCACAGCCUAAGGAGCGCCCUAGGUCUGCAGUCCUUUUGCCUGAUGAGGCCACUGCUAUACCAUUGUUUACUAACAGACGGUCCCAGCAGAGUGUCUCCCUCUCUAAAAGUGUUUCCAUACAGAACAUCACUGGAGUUGGCAAUGAUGAGAACAUGUCAAAUACCUGGAAAUUUCUGUCUCAUUCAACAGACUCACUGAAUAAAAUCUGCAAGGUCAAUGAGUCAACAGAAUCACUUACUGAUGAGGGAGUAGGUACAGACAUGAAUGAAGGACAGCUGAUGGGAGACUUUGAAAGUGACUCUAAACAGCUGGAAGCAGAGUCCUGGAGCCGCACGGUGGACAGCAAGUUCCUUAAACAGCAGAAGAAAGAUGUGGUCAAACGGCAGGAGGUGAUUUAUGAGCUGAUGCAGACAGAGUUACAUCACAUCCGCACACUCAAGAUCAUGAGUGAUGUGUACAGCCGGGGGAUGAUGACAGAUCUGCUCUUUGAGCAGCAGAUGGUGGAAAAGCUGUUUCCUUGUUUGGAUGACCUGAUCAGCAUCCAUAGCCAGUUCUUCCAGAGGAUCCUGGAGCGGAAGAAGGAGUCUCUGGUAGACAAAAGUGAAAGGAACUUCCUUGUCAAGAGGAUAGGGGAUGUGCUUGUCAAUCAGUUUUCAGGUGAGAAUGCAGAGCGCUUAAAGAAGACAUAUGGCAAGUUCUGUGGACAGCACAACCAGUCUGUCAACUACUUCAAAGACCUCUACACAAAGGAUAAGCGUUUCCAAGCCUUUGUGAAGAAGAAGAUGAGCAGUUCGGUUGUAAGAAGGCUUGGAAUCCCAGAGUGCAUAUUACUUGUAACCCAGAGGAUCACCAAGUACCCAGUUCUAUUCCAAAGGAUACUGCAAUGUACCAAAGACAAUGAAGUGGAGCAGGAAGACCUGACUCAGUCCUUGAGCCUAGUGAAGGAUGUGAUUGGAGCCGUGGACAGCAAAGUGGCAAGUUAUGAGAAGAAAGUCCGUCUCGGUGAGAUUUACACGAAGACCGAUAGCAAGUCGAUCAUGAGGAUGAAAAGUGGGCAGAUGUUCGCCAAGGAGGAUCUGAAACGGAAGAAGCUGGUGCGGGAUGGGAGUGUGUUUCUGAAGAGUGCAACGGGAAGGCUGAAAGAGGUUCAAGCAGUUCUCCUCACUGACAUUUUAGUUUUCCUUCAAGAAAAAGACCAGAAAUACGUAUUUGCAUCAUUGGACCAUAAGUCAACUGUAAUCUCCUUAAAGAAGCUGAUUGUAAGAGAAGUGGCGCAUGAGGAGAAAGGUCUGUUCCUCAUCAGUAUGGGGGUGAAAGAUCCAGAGAUGGUGGAGGUCCACGCCAGCUCCAGAGAGGAGCGGAAUAGCUGGAUUCACAGCAUUCAGGAUACAAUCAACUCCCUGAACAGAGAUGAAGAUGAAGGGAUUCCUAGUGAGAAUGAAGAAGAAAAGAAAUUGUUGGAUACCAAAGCCCGGGAGCUAAAAGAACAACUUCAACAGAAGGAUCAGCAGAUCCUCCUCUUGCUGGAGGAGAAGGAGAUGAUUUUCCGGGACAUGACAGAGUGCAGCACUCCCUUGCCCGAGGAUUGCUCCCCAACGCACAGCCCGAGAGUCCUCUUCCGCUCCAACACGGAGGAGGCUCUCAAAGGAGGGCCGCUGAUGAAAAGUGCAAUAAGUGAAGUGGAGAUCCUCCAGGGUUUGGUGAGUGGAAGUCUUGGUGGCACACUGGGACAGUCCGUCAGCAGCCCUGUUGAGCAGGAAGUCAUGGCUGGCCCCAUUUCCUUGCCCCGGAGAGCAGAGACCUUUGGAGGAUUUGACUGCCAUCAGAUGAAUGCUUCCAAAGGAGGAGAGAAAGAAGAGGGAGACGACAGCCAAGAUCUUAGGAGAACAGAAUCGGACAGUGGUCUGAAAAAGGGUGGAAAUGCUAACCUGGUAUUUAUGCUUAAAAGAAACAGUGAGCAGGUUGUCCGGAGCAUUGUUCACCUCCACGAACUCCUGAGCAUGCUGCAGGGUGUUGUGCUACAACAGGAUAGCUACAUUGAGGACCAGAAGCUGGUGCUGACAGAGAAGGUCCUGACAAGGAGUGCGGCCCGCCCCAGCUCCCUCAUUGAGCAGGAGAAGCAGCGGAGCCUGGAGAAGCAGCGCCAGGACCUGGCCAACCUGCAGAAGCAGCAGGCCCAGCACCUGGAGGAAAAGCGCCGCCGUGAGCGGGAGUGGGAGGCCCGGGAGCAGGAGCUAAGAGACCGCGAGGCCAAGCUGGCCGAGCGGGAGGAGACAGUCCGCCGUAGGCAGCAGGACCUGGAGAGGGACCGGGAAGAGCUCCAGCAGAAGAAGGGCACUUACCAGUGUGAUCUGGAGAGGCUCCGGGCUGCCCAGAAACAGCUGGAGAGAGAACAGGAGCAGCUGAAGCGGGAUGCAGAGCGGCUCAGCCAGAGGCAGAUGGAUCAGGACCUUUGCCAGGUUUCGAAUAAACAUGCCAGGCUGAUGCGAGUCCCGUCCUUCUUGCCCAAUCCGGAUGAGUUCUCCUUACCAUCUGCCCCUUCCAUAACCAAAUCAGGGUCAUUGGACUCAGAACUCUUGGUGUCUCCUAAAAGGAACAGCAUCUCUCGGACACACAAAGAUAAGGGGUCUUUUCAUAUACUGAGUUCAACGAGCCAGACAAAAGUACCAGAGGGGCAGAGCCAGGCCCCACCCAGCACCUCCACUUCCACCCGCCUUUUUGGGUUAGCUAAGCCAAAGGAGAAGAAGGAGAAGAAAAAGAAGAGCAAAGGAGGCCGCUCUCAGCCUGGUGAUGGUCCUGCUUCGGAAGUGUCAGCCGAGGGUGAAGAGAUCUUCUGUUGACCCGUUUCCUGAACCUGCCAGGGCAGCCACCUUCCAACCCUGACGCGACAGUGGUGUGGCUGCGGCACCCGUGCUGCCCCUGAGCACGAGUCUCUUACACUGGACGCCCACUGCCCCUCAGCGUCCAGUCCUCCUGAGCUAUCCCAGGUCCUGGACAAGAAAGAGAAACAGCUGCGUGUCGGGGUGGAGAAGGACGCUCAGACUCCACUUCCACCGUGAUCCGUGACUGCCCAGGACUUGGGUGGGCCUGGCCUUACUCAGGGUGUUCCACUGAAAGUAGUGGCCCUAGACGUAGGAAAUAGUUUGAGACAUGUCAGGAUUCCCUAGAGGCUCCAAGAGUUUCUCCAAGUGAGGUCUGAAACCCUGCCUUGUCUUUGGGGGAAUACAACCAGGACCCAAGAGCAGAUAGUAUAGACUUCAUCUGCAUACAGUGACCAUCUGCAUGUCGAGUACGCCAGCUGUGUACACACCAGGAUAGCCUAGGCCAAGAGCAAGCGCCUAACUGGCCAGGUGGCAUGUGGAGAUACAGUAUUUCACCCUGCGGUCCUCUGAGAUCGGGUCCCUUGAAACAGCCCCUGCGCACACACCACCCUUCUUUGUAUGUGUCCCUCAUUUUAUUUUAGGAAGAACAACAGGAUGUUUGUGGAACCAGCGAGAGGCCUGAUGUGUACGAAAAGCAGGUAGUCUGCACCACCUGGAUCUCUAUUCUAAGCUGAACUAACUAUCUCACACUUCAUAUUCAAAUCAGGAAGAAACAUCCUGCUGUCCUAGGUGCCUGUCGAAAUGCUCUGGGCACAGAGGAAGUAGAGAGGACUCGUCACCACUGUCCUCAGUAUGACACUUUCUAGUUGUUACUGGACCUUCCUGUGGGAAAGCAUGCACCCUGUUGGUGCUCCCAGCCCCCUGCCCAGGACUAGUCUGUCCCCUGAGGCCUCUCCAUGCCCUGCUUUAGGAUUACUGGCUGAAAAGUAGAUUCAGGUGCAGGAGUUAAGUCUGUCUGGUAGUUUUGCCAAUACAGACAGGGGAGCUGGCCCUGAAGCGUGGCUGGGUGCCCUCUCUUCGGUCACGAGGCCUUCUCAUAGACGGUUUUCAGAUGCAAUCUGCUUGGUUGUGCUCUUACCUUCAAGCCUGUCUCUCCUCUCGCCCUCCAUCUCCGUGUGUUGAUCUCUGCAUGCUUGAGGCUUUCACCAGCUCGUGUGUGCAGGACAGUUCAUUGGUAAUGUACCCGCGAAAGCUCACGUACCUGUCCCUCGGGGUACUCCCAGUGAGGGGCUUGCUGGGGUCUGUGCUUCACGCGUGGCCUUGGGUUCCUGGUGUCGCCCUCUGAAGCACGGGGCCUUGAACAGAGUUGUGCAGAGACAAACCUGUGACUUGGUGCUUGCUGAUACCCUGCAAGCUGGACUUGCAGAUGCAGAUAUUUAUCUUUCAGUUUACUUGAAAGAGUUCUGGGUAAAAUUUGUUAGCCUAAAUUUGUUUUAUUUAUUUUGUGUUUGUGCUUUGUUUUUAUUUUAUUUUAUUUUAUUUUGAAAGUGAACCAGUACUGGCCCAACAGUUUGAACCAUCUUCUCAGUACAGAGAAUGAAGUGUCUGUCCAAGUGCACGAAGGUCCCGAGGGGAACUCAAGGGUGGAGGUGGGAGCUGUACCCUUCCCGUCCGGGCCCUUUUUUUUUUUUUUUUUUUUUUCAUAAGGAAUGUGUUGGUCCUUGUUUGGAGAUUUUAAAAGUUGCCCAUCGGCUACCUUUGCCUCUUUUUGAUAAAGCCAGUUUGGCUCUUUAAAGUCUGAUUUUUUUUUUCCUACUAAAACUAUGAUGUAUUUCCCUCAAGAACCUUAAUUGCAAGAAGUGAGUUGCUUCCUCCUCCCAGUCCAGACUGCUGUCCCAGCAGAACCUGUUGUGCCCCGACCCCCACAGGGUUUCCCUGGCAGUCCUGGACCCUGCCCCUGAAUGUCCCUCGGAGAGGCUGCACCCUUCCACAGCAGAGGAGCCCGUUUGCUAGAAGGGAAAGGGUCCGAUUACCACCUAGACUUGCCAGCCAAUCAGACCAAACCCUGCCCUCUUCCCCGUGCAGAGGGAGGCUAGUGACUCCUCCAGGUUUCCUGACAUGCCCAGGGAGCCACUGCACACCCCCAGGAAGCUUCACUCCGGCCCUCAAGUGUCCUCCCAACCAGGUGCAGGAGUUGCUUUGGUGGUUUUUAAAAACCAAUUUCACUUCUACCCCCACUCCCCAAAACAAUGAUCAGUGACAGUUGGGAGAAGUUCAGGUCAACAAGAAAGUAACCCUCUGAGUUCCCCUAAGCUGCCCAGCCUCCUCCAGGAAGAGAACCUUUUGCCAAGAACUGACCUGCUACACCGUCUGGCCCCUCAGAGCCUGCCGCACUUUGGGAAUUGCUGCUGUGCCUUUGCUUAGGACCCUGGAGAUCGCUUCAGCCGAGUCCACAGCUUUCUGUGGGAUUCUCAAAGAGAAGGGUAGUUUUCCAGGGACCAGGACUCUGUCCUGUCCUGUUGCCCAUACAUCAAGCUAUAGAAACCGCUGCUUCGGGGGACGUGUGCAAAUUGGCCCCAGCAUUGUGGAAUCCAGUGAACUUUCUAGAAGAUUGUAUCUUCUCUCAAAAAUUAUAAUCAUCUCAGUAGUUGUCGUCCCAUCUGGGUGACAUGUGCACUUUAAAUGACCUCUCAUCAGCUGGCUUCAUUUUUGAGACAAUCAAAGGUGUUAACUGUUUUCCUAGAAGAUGGGGAGGGUUAAAAUAAAAGCAUGCCAGCAUGCCCCACCCCACCCCAUGAGAGUCACCCGCAGGAAAACCCUCCCCAAGAUUGAUUUUUUGAAAGGUACGAAUUGAAUCUUCUGAGGGUCACACCACUAACACUGCCCCUGGCGAGUCCCUCCCCGCCCCCGCCUUGGUUUCCUUCACUGCCUCGUAUUAGCAGUAAGCACAGAUGUUGAACUCCUUGGGGUGAUGUUAGCAUGCACAGGCUUAGGAAAGGACGGAACCUUGGCCCAUAGGCCAGAGCUCGCUCAGAGUCGCUCUCUAUACAAGUCUUUAAUGUUUCCUUCUGUCCCCGAGGCUCUCUUGGCAAGGCUUUUGGUGUUUCAUGGGACUCUGACCUGUGCCCAAAAGACAGUCGUGGAGAGUGGGCUUCCGUGCCUGGACAUCUGUGCAUGGGUGCCUCUGGGUGAGGCAGCGACCCUGGCCAUCCCUGCAGAGACCGAGGGCAUAGUGGGUUUGGCUCCUUGUCUUCUUUCACGUAGCAUAACAUUCCUAGUUAACCAGAGCUUCGGAGUCUGUCACCUGCUGGCCAGGUUUAGAAAUGCAAAGUAUUCUAACGCUGCCAUAAAAGGGGGGAGAGGUGGCAAUAGAGGCCUUUUCCUGCACUCCUGACAACAUCAUUUGUCAAAAGAUUGACAGGUCCUGAGUUACUUCUCCAUCUCAUUAAGGUGUAAGGUGGGCAGCUCCCACCGCUUCAAGUGUGUCCUUCCUGGAAACCAGACAGGUGCCACUGCCACAGUCCUGCCACAGUCCCCGCGGGCCUCUGCAGGCAGCACAGAACCCAUGCCUUAGACCCUCUAAAGUCAGCAGCCCUGCCCUGCUUGCCAGCUGCUGGCAUGGGCCUACCCAGUCGGUUUGUCUCAGGUUCCCUCCUGAGGCCUGGGCGCUACAGAAGGUGGGCAGGAUACACCUAUACCUCUGUUCUUGUUGUCUCCAAAUGCUGUAUGAACAUUUCUGUACUAAGCCCUAUGAAAUAAAAAGUUGGGUUAAACCCAAGCGCUGUAUAGUAAUUUGUAAUUAUGUAUAAAAGUGAAACAGUUUUGAACUGUAAAGAUUUUCAAUGUGUUUUCUGGAAAUUUGCCACAACAUACUGGCUUUGUAUUUUAUUUAUCAUCCUUUGUAGUUACUGGCUUCAGACUCUUGUAAAGUCCCCCUCAGACCUUUCAAAAAUAAUAAAUUUCCUUUGAAAUCUUGA